AUGGCAGGGGACGCGGAGUUCUAUCCUGUCUCUCCCAGCGCUUCUAUGGAACGGCAAGACUCGUCGGUGGAGGAGCUGUCCAGCCUGCAGCUGGCGGUGGACACAUUGGCCGGCUUCCAGGACGUGCUGGACCAUCAUCAAGCGCAGGAUGGGGACGCAUUCAAAUCAGGGGACUAUGAGGAGUUUGACGUUGGUAACUUUGACUUCCGAGUGAGGAGUUUCUUGAAACAGCAGCUGAAGAAGCAUCUUUUCAAAGUCACACACAAGAGGGUGCUGUUUGGGGACAAGAUCGCAUUCAUGCUGGGCACAGUCAACCUGUGGCUGGGUGCAUACUGGCUUGGCUGCUGCCGUGAAACAUUCUACAAAUUGUACACUGUGAAGGCUGCCGUUCUCUUCACCACUCGAUUCUUGAUGUACAAGCAGCAGAAGAUGCACUAUUACUUCUUUGACUUCUGCUACUUUGCAAAUGGCCUGCUACUGUUCUACCUUUGGGUGAUGCCUACUUCAGUUUUCCUCCUCAAGGUGUGCUUUGCCUACAACACUGGCAUUAUGGCGUGGUCCAUCCUUGCCUUUCGCAAUUCCUUGGUCUUCCACAGUUUGGAUAAGGUAACAUCAUUGUUUCUGCACUAUGAGCCCAUGCUCGUGGCCUGGACUCUGAGGUGGUACCCACAUUGCGAAAUGUUGGGCAGCUGCAGAAUGGAUGUAAGGCCUUCUCAUGGCAAUCCAACUUGGGAGCAGGCAUCUGCUGCAGACCUGUUGUUGUAUCCCAUCCCACUGUACCUUCUGUGGGCUAUAAUAUACUACCUCAAGAUCUUUGUCUUUUCGGAGAGGAAGAUUCAGGAAAGAGAGUAUGCAACUUUGUUCAAGUACAUGACAUCAAACAAGAAGAGUGGAUUCGCAAAAUUCAUCCUUAGUUUUCAGAGACGCUGGCAGCCCGUUGUCUUUCUUGGCUUCCACCUCACCUUCUUCGUGGUUGCCCUUGUCUUCGUGGUCUUCUGCUGGCGGACGUACUGGGUGCACACAGCACUCAUCAUUGCACUCUCCUGUGUGUCAGUCUGGAACGGCGCCAAUUUCUACUUCGAGGUAUUUGCCACCAAGUACAUGAAGACUGUGGAGACCCGAGUUGCAGAAAAGAAAGAAGACUGA